UAAAUUUUACAUUUUCACGAAUAACUUUUUUUAUAAAAGUUGUUCAGACUUAAUAUAAAUUCUAAAUGAUAAAAAAAUCUCCAUUUUAUCAUAUAUAAAAAUAUUGACAAUCAUUAUGUUAAUUUAAUAUUCUAAAUUUAAUUUUUAAAUGAUCCUGUGGACCUGGGGAAGGUAUUAGCGGGGUGCGUCUUUUCCUUUUACAUACAUUCAUUAAAAUAUUGGUUCUGAUUUUGUAAAAUGGUUCGAACAUAUAUUAGAAAAACUAACAAAGAAAAUAAUGAUAAUCUAAAGGCAAGUAUUCUUCAAAUGCUGAAAUAUAAGAUACCUUUGACAGUUAUAACCAUGAAAACGAAUUUAAGUUAUGGGAGCAUUAAGAGGUAUAAUAAAUUGUUCAAAAGAAAUGAAGAUUUUCAAGAGCGAUAUCUUCACAGAUCAGUAUUUUCUCCUAUUCAAGAAGCUAAAUUAACAGAUUAUUUAAUUAAAGAAUCAAGAUUAUUUUCAGGAUUAUGCCCUAAUCAAGUUAGAGUUUUAGCUUAUCAAAUGGCCAAGAGGUAUAGUUUACAAGUACCAAAAUCUUGGGAAAUAACUCAAUCAGCUGGUGAAGACUGGGUUGGAGCAUUUAUUAAAAGAAAUCCAACUAUUUCUUUGAGAACACCAGAGGCUACAAGUAUAGCCAGGGCUACCAAUUUUAAUAUGAAAAUGGUUGAUUUAUUUUUUAAUAAUUAUUUGACUGUCACAAGGGAAAAUAACUUUCUACCAUGUGAUAUAUAUAAUAUGGAUGAAACUGGAUUAACAACAGUUCAACGGCCUAAUAAAGUUAUUGCAAGGAAAGGCGAAAAACAGGUUGUGGCAAUUACUACAUCAGAAUGUGGUACACUUAUGACCUUGGCAAUUGCUGUCAAUGCUCUAGGAAAUUCUAUUCCACUUAUGUUUAUAUAUCCCAGAAAAAAAUUUUAUGAUCAUUAUUUAAGAGAUGGCCCUGUAGGAUGCAUUGGCGUGUCUAAUGGUUCUGGGUGGAUGCUGGCUGAAGAUUUUAUAUAUUUUUAAAAUCAUUUUAUAAAAUACACUAAGCCCAGUCAAGAAAAAAAAGUUUUGCUUAUAUUAGAUAAUCAUAAAUCUCACCAAUCUAUUGAAGUCAUUGAGCUGUGCUCUGACAGUGGUAUAGUUCUAUUGACUCUCCCUCCCCUCUUUACCUUACAAAAAAAUAGCCAGAUCUAGGGCUAAUAAUCUGAAAAAAAAAUAAAACCAAUAAUAAAAAAAGUUUAAAUAUGAAUGCUGGCAAAAAAGAAUUUUGUUUAGUGUGCCACAAAAACUAUCAA